AUGUCAUCAAAUAGCGCAUCUCCUCUUGCAACUGAAUCAAAUGGUUCAACAUCGUCAGGUAUUUCAUUAACUGCCUGUGAUGAUCGAACAUGUCCAGCUGCUAAAUGUGCAUUAUGUCUUCAUUGUUCACAGCAAUAUUGCUUUGUUCACUUUCUUAAACACAAUGAACAGUUAUCAUUAAAUGCUUAUAAUUUUACUCUAGCCAUUGAUCAACUUGAAGAUCAAAUAAAAAAUUUGAAAUUAGAUGAAUCACUUCGCCGAACAAUACAUUCCCUUGAUCAAUGGCGUAAGAAUUUGAUUAGAACCAUUGAAUAUGUGUAUCAAGAAAAACUUUCAUCAAUAAAAUCAAAUUAUAUUCAAUUAAGUAAUGAUUUACAACAAUUCCAAUUUGAACAAUCAUCACAUAUACAAACAUUGAGAAUUGAUCUUGAACAAAUGAAAUUUAUUCGUAGUACCUAUGAUGAAGAAAUGGAAAAAAUUCAACUAACAAUAAAACAAUUACAAAAAAAUGUCUCCACACUUGAAUAUGAUUUACAUUUGAAAGAACGUCAGACACCAAAUAUCUAUGAUUCAAUUGAAUGUGAAAUGAUAUGGAAACGGCAUAGAAUAGAUAAUAUUCAAGCAUCAAUUAUUACCAAUGCAGAUGAAGAUACGAAUACCGGUACAAAUCAUGAUGAUGAAAAUGCUUCCGAUUAUUUAACAGCUGGUACACCGCCAUCAUCAACAUCAAGUCCAACAUAUGAACAUUGUUUACUUUCAUUUCUUGUCGGAAAUGAUUCAUCAACAAAUAAAGAUAAUAAAAUAGCUACAUCAGAUAUGAAAAAAAAUGUGUCAAAUAAAAAGAAUUCAUUGAUUGAAAAUACACAAACAAAUAGUGCAAUAACAACCAUAUUCCACAAUAGUAAUAAAAAAAGAAGAAUCUGUAUGAGCUGUGGAAAAUGCUACCAUCCAAGUAGUUUACAGCGUCAUUAUCGUCAAUGUAAACGUCAAUCUGCCCUCCAACAAUUAAAUCCAUCAAGUUCAUGUUCCAGAUUAGUCGAAGAAACAAAAUUAAAAACAGUAACUAACAUGACCAAUCAACAACAGAAUCAAAUUGAUUCAUAG